CUCUCUGGUGGUAUGAUUCGGAACUGGUAAUUAACCCACAUUACCCUCCCGGACGUUAGGUGGCAGUAAACACUUGCUGUUGGUCACCAAACGUUACUAAUGAAGACAGAAGAAGACAUAUGAGGAAGUUUUGCCGCGUUUCUUUGUUUUGGAUCUUCAUGGUCAGUUUUUUUGACGUUUCCAUACUUCAGAAACCGUUUAUUUCGCUUACGAAUAACGAGCUAAAUGCAAUUUUGUGAUUCUGUUUUGAUUGAACGCAUUUGAGCUAAUUUAGUAUACAGCAUCUCUGUCGACUAGCUACUGUAGCUAGUUAACAACACAGGAGCCUUGAUGUCAGUCGCUAAGGCUUGCUCAUAUCAUGGAUGGUGAAAACAAACCCUGCCUGCUGCUCUCCUUUACCUUGCCUAAAUCUGAGGGUCCUGAUUGUAACAGAGUGAACAGCAGGCUCCAGAGAUGGCAUCAGUGAAGCAGGAAGACUGCAGUCAAACACUGGGGCUGAAUGUCAACAUUAAAGAUGAAGUAAAGGAGGAAGAGAUUGAAACAUUUGUCUAUCAUGGGCCGGCUGGAGAGUUCAAAGAAAACAGGGAAGAACACCAAGUCUUACUACUCAAAGACAAAGGAAAAAGAAAACCGAAAGGAAUGGAGAAGGAAACUGAAAAAAAGAGGCACCGAUUCACCCCUGGAGAUGAGGAUCUUAUUAUUUCAGGGGUACUUGGGCACUGGGAGGACCUCUUCGGCGCCCAGGCCCACAUUCGCCCCCGGGGGUCAAAGACUGCAACCUGGAACACCAUCGCUGGGACCUUGACCUCGGCUGUGGCGAGAUGUGGUGACGAUGUCCGGAAGAAAUACAAUCUCAUAAGGAGCCAAAUCAAGCAAAAGGUUUCUUCUAUCCGGACAUGGUCCACCCAGACUGGUGGGGGGCCCAACACCGUGCCGGCGCUGACCGACCUGGAGCAGCAACUUUUCUCCCGAAUGGCAGAGACCGAAGCUGGUGUAGGGCCUGUUGAUUUGGGAUUUGGUCUCUCUCAGGGAGAAAUCUCCAGCUCUGGUCCCCCACCAGCAGCAGAGGGAACUGUGGAGGCAGCUUUACCCUCUGUCACCAUGGAGGAGCUACCCUCCACCUCACCAUCAACACCUUGGCCAGCACCAACAGUGCCACCCCAACCCAUCACCUCCCGUCCUGCACCAGCUCACUCAAUCCACUCUCAAUCAAUGAAUCAAAUUUAUUUUAUAAAGCCCUUUUUACAUCAGCAGUUGUCACAAAGUGCUUUACAGAUACCCAGCCUGAAACCCCAAAUAGCAAGCAAUGCAGAUGCACUCUCUGGCACCGCACCCCAACCCAUCACCUCCUGUCCUGCACCAGCUCAUUCCAUCCACUCUGGCUUUGCUCCCCAACCCAUCACCUCCUGUCCUGCACCAGCUCAUUCCAUCCACUCUGGCUUUGCUCCCCAACCCAUUACCUCCUGUCCUGCACCAGCUCAUUCCAUCCACUCUGGCUUUGCUCCCCAACCCAUCACCUCCUGUCCUGCACCAGCUCAUUCCAUCCACUCUGGCUUUGCUCCCCAACCCAUCACCUCCUGUCCUGCACCAGCUCACUCCAUCCACUCUGACUCUACACCCCAACCCAUCACGUCUGGCUGGACACCACAAGGCCCCCAAGCCAAUCUGCUCCAACAAAUCCUGGAGACACAAACGCAACAAAUCCAUGUUACACAGACCGCCCAGCACAUCCACCAAGCUCUUUAUGAUUUAUUAGAAAAAGCACAUGAAACACAGAAGGCACACCUGGAUGUGGAGAAGAACCGGCUCCAGCUGGAUAGAGAGCGCUUGAGGGUGGAGACAGAGCGCCUGCAGGUGGAGAGGGAGCGCCUCAAGAUGGAGAAGGAUCGCCUGGGGGAAGGGGAGGCGCUUCGGCAGCUCUCUGUCUCUGGGUCAGUCGCCCUAGAACACCAGACGCCUGUGAGUUCAAGAACUGUCAGUGCCUCCCCCACCCUUCCUCUGGGAACACCAUCAGCCUCCAUGUCCAGUCCCCUCACAUUAAUAUCACCUACUGCACCACACUUUGAUUUCUUAUUUUCCCCAUUCCCAUUACCGGUAAUCACAACCCAUUCCACCCAGCCAUCACAAACCAGCCCUGCCUCAACCUCCCCUGACUUAACCAGCCCUGCCCCAACCUCCCCUACCUUAAAAAUUCCUGCCUCAACCUCUCCUACCUUAACCAGCCCUGCCCCAACCUCUCCUACCUUAACCGUUUCUGCCCACUCUCUCAUCCCUCCAAUCUCCGGAUCUGUUAAACGGCGAGUUCAGGAGACAGUCCGGCCUUGGCCUGGACCCACUGCCAAGAAUACAAAACACCAAUAAACAAAUGUAAUAAAA